AUGGCUCGAAAAUACCGGCCGACCACGUGUCUAUUUCGAACGACGAAACACGGCAAAAGGAAGAUUUCCGUGUUUCGAUUCAACCGUCCAUACUCAUUAAUUGAUUCGUUGAGUUUUGUCAACGGCAGAAUCUUCGUUAUCAAAAACAGCGUUAUCGAACGUUCUUCGUCGAUUCGUGCCAGCUGUAUUCGAGCGAAGGCGAGUACUGCCCCCAACGAGGCAGACAAAGAUCGAUAUUUACGAGAGAAUUCUGAAGGUGUCGUAGGCGCGUCGUCGUCGCCGUCGUCGUCGUCGUCGUCGUCGCCGUCGUCGCCGUCGUCGCCGCCGUCGUCGUCGCCGUCGUCGGUGUCGUCGUCGUCGUCGUCGUCGGUGUCGUCGUCGUCGUCGUCGUCGUCGUCGCUGCCGCCGUCAUUGUCGUUGCUGUCAUUGUUGUUUCCGUCAUCGUCAAAGUCGUUGCCUCACGAUCGUUGUCGCUUCGGGGCCAACGACUUUUGGAACCUUCACAAUGGCAGCACGUUUAUGACGAAACCGGCAAGCGUGAGAAGCGGGCAAAGCGGCGGCGUCGUCGUCGUCGUCGGUAACGAGUGGCCAGUGAUUAAGACCGAGUGAGAAACCGGGUGGGCGAGAAAGAGGCGAACGUGGCCCGUGGUGAACCCGUGGGCCGUCCGUGCCUCUCCACCGAUAGAUUUCCUUUCAGUCAGCUACGCCGAAACUCGCGUCCAAAGUGGCUAAGAGCGUAAGUCCUCGUCGAGUGCACCAAGAGUGCUCGAGCGGCGGGGAGGUA